AUGUCACUCAUCCUGACGAUCUUCGCCCUUGUAUUCAUAACAGAACUUGUAUCAUGGGUUGGCCAAUCUGUCCUCCUUUCAUUCGCAUGGGCUGCGUACCAGCGCAUCUUCAAUCCGAGUGCCGUGGCACGCCAACGACAGCUUAAAGCAGAUAUCCUCGCGAAAAAGGCAGAGCUACUACAGACGAGUGCACAGGACCAGUUUGCACGUUGGGCGAAACUAAGACGCAGUGUGGAUAAGGGGCUGGCGGAGCUCGAGAAGCUGAAUGGAGACCUGAAUUCCUCGAAAUCGGCAUUCGCUGUCAAGUUCAACUCUGUGGUAUGGAUAUUGACGACGGGUCUGCAGUUUGUGGUGGGAUGGUGGUAUAGGAAGUCGGCGGUGUUUUACCUUCCGCCUACCUGGAUGGGCCCGGUGACUUGGUGGUUGUCCUUUCCAUUUGCGCCUGCAGGCUCUGUGAGUUGCGGUGUAUGGCAGAUGGCCUGCCGGCGGGUCGUGAAGAUUGGUGAACGAGCGGCGGUGGAAUUUGUAGGCUUUUCAGCGGAACCCGUUUCUACCGAUGCCGCCACUGGGAUGGGAGGAGCGGAGCCCGCUAGCAAGGAUCAAAAGCGGCAGUGA